AUGGCAGCCCCCAUGAUGCAAACCGCCUACCAACCCCACCCCUCCCUCAAAAUGAAAGCCGCCGUCUGGAAAGGCAACAAGAACAUCUCCAUCGACGAGGUCCCCAAACCCACCAUCACCACCCCCGACGACGCCAUCGUCCACGUCACCCACUGCACCAUCUGCGGCUCCGACCUGCACAUGUACGAGGGCUCCAUCGACAAGAGCAUGGAGAAGGGCGACAUCAUGGGCCACGAGGCCAUCGGCGUCGUCGAGGACGUCGGGUCGCAGAUGGAUCCAAAGCAUGAGAUGCACGACUUGUACGGACAUCGCUUGGCGGGUAUCUUUGGCUAUACGAAGGUCUUUGGUGGAUAUCCCGGCGACCAGGCUGAGUUCUGCCGCGUUCCGAAUGCGGAUCUCGUCUGCGUCAAGAUCCCCAAGGACAUUGACCCUAAGAAAGUGCUCGGCUUAGCUGACGUCACCCUUACGGCCUGGCAUGCCUGCGAACUCGCAGAGGUCAAGGAAGGCAGCACGGUCGGCGUCUGGGGCUGCGGUCCCGUCGGCCUCUCGAUCCAACGACUUGCCAAGCUCCGUGGUGCGAAGAAGGUCUACGCCAUGGACUACGACGAAAAGCGACUUCAGAUUGCCAAGUCAUUCGGCAUGAUCCCCGUCCAUGAGUCCAAGCACAAGGCUACGGCCGGUUAUAUCCUCUCCCAGGAACCUCGAGGUCUGGAUUGCGCCAUCGACGCGGUGGGCUACAGGUGUGAGGUUUCAGGGGAACACAAGGCUACGAGGUCCGGUCCCGGUGAGGGAGGCAGCUGCGAGGCUGUCAACGAAAUCAUCAAGGCGACCAGGAAGAGGGGUAACGUUGCCCUUAUUGGCGAUUUCUUCUUCACGACGAACAACUUUCCCAUUGGGGCUAUGAUGGAGAAGGGCAUCACUGUUCGCGGGGGCCAGCUUUUCUCGCAGAAGUACAUGGCACAGCUUUUGGAACUUGUCCUGAACGGCAAGUACGAUCCCUCAUGGAUGUUCACCGCUGAGGACCAGCUCGAGAAUGUCGGCGAUUGCUACGAGAAGUUCUUCUCGCAUCAGGUCCCCGGUGGACUCAAAAUCCUCAUGAAAACCGAGUAUGGUCGCCAGCUCGAGGCCUCCGGAAAAUACGCCUAG